UCAAAAUGGCCCAAAGUGGUUCCAGCUGUAUUCUGGGCACAACAAAUAUGUAUUCACAGUGCUACAGGAAUGAGUCCUUUUUACAUGACUCUUGGAAUUCACCCCCUUCUGCUAAUGGACAUUAUAGAGGCAACUUGGCUAGCUCCGCCCCUGGAUCAACUCCUGUCACAUGCAGACUUAGUGGCAUUCUGCACUCAACAACUCCUGAAGAGACCAGAGGACUUA